GCGGUGCUAUCUUUGGCCGUUUUUUGUUUUUGGUUCUUGUAUAACGUUUUUGUUAUGUUUGUGUUUGUGAGCGUGAACUGCGAUGGACGUGAACUAUCGGCUGUUGUCGUGUCGGUGUGCCGCGCUGCAAAGCUACACUCUACUGUAGAUUUGCGACUUACCCAAGUGGAGACUUGACCAUGAUUCAUUCUAUUCUCCCCUGCUUGCUCCUUGGCAAAUAAAGUCGAACGUUGAGUAGCGCAGCGCAAGCGAAAUUAACAGCUAACAAAGAUGACAACAGGCCUGCUUAAUUCUAUAGCCGCAGCUGAAGCGUUCGUUGCUUGCGUUGGGGGUUUUCCGACGUCGCGAGGUCACUGCGAACGAAAUUCUUUUUCUUUGUGGGCAUAGAAAUAUACAUACAUAUAUAUACAUAUAUAUAAAGGCAAAUACGUAUGCAUGUGCAAGCGCCGAGCAUUUUUCUACGAAUAUACGAGUGUGUGCGUAUUUGGUGAGCGAUCGUUUAUGGCUGACUGGCUGGCAGUAUGCUUAUCCGCAUGCCCUCUCUUUCUGCUCCUUAUUUUUUGCUAUUGCUAUUAUGGGUUCUUCUCUGUGCGACUUGGGAUCGACUGCUGCUUCGGCUUGAAGCGUGAUUUGUUGUUAUUACAAUGACGAUUGUCGCGCUCAGCCCUAGUAUUCAGUGUAUUAAACGAAUGCGCCUGAUGUUAUUGUAGUUGUAAUUCUCAUAUAUCGCAAACAUUUGGUUAGCAUUGCUGUUGUAUUUAUUGUAGUCGACGCGCUGAUUUUGGCUUUGACGUUGUUGUAGCCGUAGCCGCAGCCACAGCCUCGGCUUGGGCUCGGGUGGAUGGUUGGUUGAUUAGUGUUUUGCCUGGAUUUUAUUAGUUGGUUUUUAAACUUGGUCGUGAGAGGGUAGUGAAAAGUGAAAAUCGGACAAUAUAAACAGAACAGUUGAAACGCAUAAAGAAAGCAGCAACCCAGCAAAUAAGAAAGCAGUGAACUGCGCAGCUGGAAAAGUGAGUGAAUGAGGAAGAAUUUGUGAGACAGUCGUUGAAGUGGAGUGGGGUAACAAUUGAAAGUGCGUAAACAAUUACUUGGAGUGGUCCAAAUAAAAAAGUUAACUGAGUUUAUAAGAAAAAAACUUAAACUGUUGAACGGUGUACUACACUUGUGCGCCAACUUACAAAAAUUGUAGUGAAAUAUUUCGUGAAAAGCUUUGUGAAUGGAUGCGCUAAGAGCUAGCAUCGCUUUUGCUAAUCCACUGGACGCAUACUCAGCUAACAGCGCUACAAAUACAAGAACGCCCAAAAAGUCGAACACUCCGGAAUCCAUAUUGCGAUCGUCGCCAGCUUCCUCACCAAGUACUUCACCGAAAGCUGUCGCUACAGCAGCAAACAUUGCGCCGCCUUCGCCUGCACACUCUUCAGGCGCUUCGUCGUGCUCUUCGCGGUCCAGACUGCGCGUAGCAACCCCCGACUCGGAUACGCCUGGCGCUGGUGCUGGUGGUGGUGAAAUGAGUGUGAGUGGUGGAAGUCAACUUGGCGCAGCGUUGGAUAUGAAGACGAAGGGCUCAGCAGUUACCUCUGUGGCUGCCGUCACCGCCGCCGCCGCCGUUGAGCUAUUGCAUGCGGGGGCGCCAACUUCUCAGAUGCAGUCGCAGAAAAUCAAAAAAUGUGCGUUUAAUAAACAAAAUAAACCUUUUUCUGAAAUUGUAGAUGUAAAUAUAAAAUUUUCAAAAAUUACUCGAGGCACAGCACGAGCUGUCGACGUUGCCGAAAACAAUAACAACAACCAUGAUAAAAACAAUAGCAAUUUGACGGCAAUAGUUGAUAGUAACUUUGUGGAGCAAAAUGUUUUGGCAACAACGACAAUGUCUGCCCCGAAGUUACUACGAAGUUGUCGCAGCAAAAGUAGUCCUAGACUGCAGCAACUCUAUCAGCAACAACAACAACUGCAACGACAACAAAAAUCUAUGUCAUUGCAGCGGCAACAACAACUAGAAAAACAUACCAAAUGUUACGUACAGAAACCGAAAACCAAAAAAUAUUUCAAAAAGAAAUUUAGACUUGAACAAGAACGCCAAUUUGCUGAAGCUGAACAGCUACAACAACAGCAACAGCAACUUUACUCGUCGACAAAAGAAAAUUUUUUACUUACCCUCGAUUUACUUGCAGUGGUUCGCCGUAAUGCUUCCGACAAGUUGCGCCUCAUCCAAAUGGUUCAUGACAAUCCGAUACUUUGGGAUUCGCGUCUGCCCAAUUUUAAGGGCGCCGAAGAAGAGAAGAAUCGCGCUUGGGAAAUGAUUGGCAAGGAGUUCAAUGCGCCGGGGCGGCGAGUGGCGCGCGCCUUUAAAUCUCUGCGUGAAUCGUAUCGACGCGAGUUGGCGCAUGUCAAAUUAAUGGGCAACGGUUUUAAGCCAAAGUGGAGUCUCUAUGAAGCAAUGGAUUUCUUGCGCGAUGUCAUCAGAGAGAGAAAAGGCGGUUCGCACGCAGCUGAACAGGCGGCCAUUGGCCUUAAUUUGAGCGCAUUCUCGCAGCACUUAAAUAAUAAUAACAACAAAUCGACACUGAAACUCAACGCAUUGCACUCGUCUUUCAACGAGAGUGCACUGAAUUUGUCGAAAUGCGCACCAGGCCUGAGUAUGAGCCAUGAAGACUACUAUUACUAUGUGAAAUCGGAAAUGGAUCUGUCAGCAGGGCAUGCGGGUAGCAACGGCAUUGGUGGUGGCGGCAAUGCAGCUGUGCCCAUACAUCCACUGCCGGCGCAUCAAACACAGCAGCAGCAGCAACAACAAUUACACAGCGCUGCGCAUGACAGCCGCGUUUCGUCCACGCGCAAUGACAGCACCACGCAGCACAGCAACACUUUCGACGAUCUUGACGCAUCAUCGGUACGCAGUGGCGACGAAGCCUCCAUGCGCAAUGCGGACAUGAGCAAUCAGGGUUCCGACGAGGUGGAGGAGCUGGAAGCCAUAGAUGCCGAUUUUCCCUAUCCCCUCAUACUCGACGCCAAUUCCCCGCGUUCCAUGAGCGCAGCAGGCGGCAAUGGCAACAUUGGUGGCAAUGCUGUUGGUGGCAGUGGCGCUUUGAAACGUAAACGACGUGACCUCAACGGUGACGGCAUGGACGAUGGUGCUGCGGAUGACGAGGAUGACUACGAGGGCCAGAUGAUGCAACAGCAUCGUCAUUUGCGCCAACAAAAUGGCGGUAUGGGAGGCGGUGGUGGCGGUGGCAUGAAUGGCUGUAUGCUGGAUAUGCCGCCGCCGCAGACAGUGCGUGAGGUGUUGAACUCCAAAUUUUGCGGCUUCAUUUCGGCGAAACUCAAUAGCAUGGAAGACACGGAGGCGGAUAAUUUAAUGAACAAAAUACUCAUGUUGUUGGUGCAGACGCAAACAAGCGAAGCCAAAUAGGCGCUGGACUGUGAUACAAGUAUUGGGUAGCAGCGUGUAGCAAAUAUGAUGCCAACUGCUUACCAUAAAUGUAUGAGUGCGUGAGUAUGCAGUUACUUUUACGGGGAACGUGGUGUCAGGCAUUUCUAUAAGAUAUUUUCAACCAAUUUUGAAGUUAUUCAAAAGCCAUAUUUUUUAGUUUUAUAUAUAAAAGUUAGCUCUUACAUAUAUUCUACUUUGCUGGAUGUGGUUUUUUGUAAAAAUGUUGUAUAUUAUUUAAUAACGCUUCUAGUUUUAAGUUUAUCCCGUUACUAGCACAUUGGCUCUCUAAUUAAAUGCUCAAAAUGAAGAAAUUAAAAGCGAUCUACAUGCCUAACUUCGUCAGUGGGUUUAAAUACAUUUUGCUCAAAAUGAAAUUUGUGUUUAUUAUUUUAUUCAAAUAAAUAAAUUAUAUUAAAUAAUAAUAAUAUGCUUAAGUUUAUUAUAUUUUGUUCGAAACAUCAAAGCAAUUUCAAACUUAUUAUUAGUUAAAGGUCUGAAUAAAUAAAAUUAUAAAUUUUCAGUUUGUCUCCUUAUUAUUUAUUUAUAUUUAGAGAAAUAGGAAUACAUUAUUAUUUUUUAUUAUUUUACUUCUAUUUUGAGUUCGGUUCGAUUACUAAUUCUCAAAAUCUACUCGUUAAAUGGUAAUUGACAAAUAAAUAAAUUUCGAUUUUCAAUUUUGUAUACAUCAUCGAUUUCGUUAAGAGCUUUACUGUAAAAAUAUGGUUCAUUCGUUCCUUUAUCCGAUUUCCAGAAAAAAAAAACAAUUGUUCUAUUGUUCAAGUUUAUAUACUCUCGAAAUUUACAUUAGAAACUCUGGUUAAAAAGGGGAAUUAAAGUAAAGAAGUCGUAAAAUAAAACAAAAUAGCAGAUUUUAUAAAUUAUUUGUUAUUAAAUAAAGCAACUAUUGUGAGAAAAUAUAAUUUUAAAUUAUUAAUUAUGAAUUUCAGUUCUUAUCUUAGAUAUUUUAAAACUCAAUGUCACACAAAUUGUUUUCUUGAAAUGAUUGUGUCUUUUGAUAUUAAAAUAAUAAUUUUUAUCAAUUAAUUAUUCAUCGUUUAUUUAAAGAUUUUAAUAUAAUUUUCUUCGACUUAUUUAAAUUUCGGUUUCGCUAAUUUUUAGUUUUUCAAUUGGUAAUAUUUUUUAAUUCAUAGGCGACGGAGAACAAUUAAGGUAAAAAUUAUUUGUGAACAAUAAGAAAAUAUGGACAAAAUACUAAAAAAAUAAAUUAUAAAAAACAAUAAAAUUUUAAAAAUUUAAUACUUUGAAUCUUUAGAAAAAAUUAUAUUAGCUACUGUUUAAAACAAAAAUCUGAAUUAUUAAAACUGAAAUACAAAUUAGUUUAAUAAAAAGUAAUUAUGAAAAAAUAACAAAUUUAAAAAAUAAUAUUAAUAAUAUAUUCUAUUUACAAAAAUUAAUAAUAUGACUAUCAAAUGUGUAUAAAUAUUUUUGCAGAUUAACGAAAUUGCAAGUUAUACAAGUUUAAAUAUUUUUAAAAUCAAGAGAUUUUCAAAUUACUAAAAAACAACUUUAAAGCAUUUUUUAACUCAUCUAUUUACAAAAAUUCCUACAUAAAAACCUAUUCCUAAAUGAAAAGUUAUAUAAUUUUCAAAAGUAAAAUAUUAAAGUAAAGAGUAAAUGAAACAAAAUUAUUAAAAUAUGCUAUAUAAAUAUGUACAUAUGUCGCUUCAUAAUUCUAAGUUCCAAUAACCGAUGUUAUGAAACAAAAGCUAUUUUUCAGAGAAUGUUCAUCGCAUCUUAAAACAAUAGGAUCAUAUCUAUCAACUAAGUGUUUGAAAAAUAGAAAAGUUUAAAGUAUUAGUUAGAAUGCUUAAUUUUGUAAUUAAAAAAAUAAAAAACCUGUUAAUAUUGCGGUUGUAUUGAGCUUGCCAUAUAUAAUAUUUACAUAGUUUAUUUAUAAAAAAAUCGUACAGAAAUUUACUUUGACUGUACUUUAAAACAGCGCUUGCGCCAAAGAGAGACUUCAGAAAAUGUGAACGGCAAUUCAAUGUUGCACUGUUUUCUACAAAAAUUGAGGUUUUGUAUGCCCUAAUGCCAAAAACUUGCCAUACCAAAUUGAAUAACAAAACAAAAAUGCAAACAAAUUAAAUAUGAGGUUAAUUAAUAUGAUAAUUACUAUUUGAAAUUUGGAAACUGAAAUAACAGUUGAUUAACAUUGAAAUUAAUUUGUUUACAGUAUAAAGACCUGUAAAAAAAUCAACUCAGCUCUUCUACUGCAAAUACUAACUGUGGAAAUUGGCUUGAGUUAGGAGAGUCAAUUUGUUUUUGUCAACCUGCUAUCUCUUAAAAUUAAAAAAUAUUUGAAUUAAACUAUUAAUGACAUAAUUAAAACAAAUCUUAAUAUCUUUUCCAACUUUUUCUUUGAUUCCGAAAGGAAAAAAAUCCGUAAGAGAACGAAAUGAAAAUUGUUAAUGUCUACAAUCGUAUCCUUAGACAUGAAAAUAUGUAUUAUAUAAGCUAUUAAGACAUUAAAAAUUAUAAACAAAUGCCAAGUUAAUUGCCAUAACUAUUCUGGAAAAAGGACAUAUCAAUACAUUUAAAAUAUAUUUUUAAAAAGUUCUAAUUAUGAUAAAAUAAAAGUUGAAAUAUUUUCUUUUCUAAGUUUUGUAUGUUGAACAACUUUACACAUAAUAUGUUAUGUAAUUAGUGUAUAAUCCCAGUAAUCAAAAGUUGAUAACUACUCAUACAUAUAAGUGAAACUAUUAUUAUAUAAUAUGAAAAUAUAUUAAUUAUUAUAAAUUUUAUAAAUCUAAAAAGUGAUGUUUCUAUAUAUGGUGAAUGUGAAUAUGCCACAUGCGGUUUUCAACUCACUUCAAUUGAAAUUUUACAAUCUGAUCUAAAAACAGCUGAAGCCAAAAAUGGAAAAGUUGAGUUAAUAUAGUUUCACAACUACUCUAAUCCUAAAUCGCAUAUUGUUGUUAAAAAUAGCCUUCUUGUCGUCUUUGACUAUGUGACUGCUUAUGAGACUGCAAAAGAAGUAGUUAUUAUUGAAAAGACACUCAGUUACCACAAACACUUUUCUGAAUUGGUACUUCGAAAUGUUCCGUUAUUCGAACUAUUACGAACGCCAUUUUCGUAUAACUGCAAAUCAGUUUUGUUUUAGUUAAGUUGUAAAAUAAAUCAAAACUCAUUCAUCGGUUUCAUAUUCACUGUUUUAUAAACAUUAACUAAAAUGUAUUAUUUUCAUUUUCGAGUGAAAAUAAUGCAAUAAAAUACCGGACAAUUACAACUUUUACUAAAAUUGGAUGAAGCUAAAAAUGAUUUAUUUCAACUUUAAUUGAAUUUAUUCGGGUGAUGAAUUGUACUAGGGAUAAAACUAUUAAAACUGUUAUGUUAAAAGAAGUUGAUUAAAAAUAUAUUAGAAAAGGUUUAAGUUAUAGCCUAGAUAUAUUACAAAAUCAAAAAACUGUAGUAAUAAAUUUUAUAAUCGUUUGCCAUUAACUUUCUUAUUUUAGAAAUGUUGAAAUAUACAAUUUUUUUACAAAUAAA